AUGGGCCACUAUCUCCUGCUACACUGUAGCGGCACCAUCAUCGCCGCCAUCGUUCUCGACAAAGACGACACGCUCGAUAACGUCGAAACAAUGAGUUUGUACGCUCAUCUACUUAAGUUUGCUUACGAGAGUCUCGAGGUGAACCAUGGAACUCUGUUGUUGGUAGACAAUCUAAGCAUGUUCAUACCCAUGUAUAUAUUCGUGCUGUCGAUCAAAAGGCUGACGAAUUCUGCGCGGUACAACCAAAUGUGCUUGUAUUACUACCAGUUUUGCACCCAGACGCAAGGACCGCUGGAUUAUCCCUCGGAUGUUUGUUGCGGAGAAUGCUUCGGUUUGACUGGACUGAACAGCAGCGGAAAAACUACGGUGUUCAAAGUAUUAACUCGCUACGAUUUGCUCACGAGAGGAAAUAUUUUCGCCAACUGCUACUUUAUUAAUAAACAGCCUGACAAUUAUUUGCACAGUCUCGGCUACAGUCAUCAGACAUUCGGUAUGGACUUCUUCCGAAGCGGCGAAGUGAACCUGCGAACGUUGCUGGCUUUCCGCGGCCUCACCGCUGCGGACAUCGAGUGUGAAAAUAAUACUUGGCUCAAAGUUAUUGGUAUGGAUCAAUCGCGGUCGUACAUCGUGUCGGGUCUGAGUGGCGGUAUGCGGCAGCGGCUGAGCACGGUAACGGCUCUGAGCGGCGGCGCGCCUGUCCUUCUGAUGGACGAACCUACGAACGGCCUGGACCCCGCCGCGCGCCGCGUCGUCUGGGAGGCGCUCGAGCACAACCUCUGCUACGGUCGCUCCCUCGUCUUAGCCUCGCACAACAUGGAGGAGGUGGAGCGACUGUGUAACAACUUCACGAUCCUGGACGAGGGUGAGAUGAGUAUGUUGUGCACACCCACGCACUUCCGGGUGUCGUACGCGCGAGGACAUACCGUGCUCAUCAAACUUCGCGUCAACAGCGUUGUAACAGAUACGGGAUUUUCGCGAGUCGAAAUGCUAAAAGAAAUGCUGGCAGCAGAAUUCAAAAGUCCGCUAAGGGACGAACAUCUGACCUGCCUGCGGUAUAUCGUAGCAGCGCGGUUGCACUACAGUGAAGUGUACUGCAAAGUGUACGAGCUGACGCAGGAGUUCGCAGAUAUCGUGGAGGACUUCUCGGUGUUCGACGGCACCCUGGAGGACGGCUUCAUCCAGUUCGUGCAGGACAGCCGCUUUAACGUGCGCCAGGCGCGGACCUGGUAG